CUCUAACUAAAACAAAGAUAAGCAAUAAUGAAAAGCAAGUUCCCGACUUAAGUUCCUUAAGCAAGUUCCCUGUGUCAACAAGCAACAAUAACACUGAAGACAAUGUUUGCACAUUUAAUACUUUGCAACAUAAUCAUACUGGAACAGCUUUAAGUGUUGUUAAUCAAAAAGUCAACCAAGGAUCCUAUGAACACAUUAUGAAAACCAUCCCAACUGCAGGAUCUAAACUCCAUACAAUCAAUACUUCCAACGUUAAUGAAAAAUUACAUGGUUUGAUACAUUCAGGAUCGAAAUUCAAAACAUUCAAUAAUGUUUACGUUAAUCCAAUUAUUAGCGAAGAUGCGAAAUCACAUGGUCACUUAGGUUCAGGAUCGAAACUUAAUACUGUCCAUAAAGCUCAUCCAGAUAUAGGUGAAGACGUGAAAUCACAAGGUUUUAAAAUUUUAAAAGGUUCCGUCUCCCUAACUAAGUCGGCAGUUUUAACAACUUCCUAUCACCAAAAAGCAUCAUUACGAGGAAAAUUAAUUAAAAGUUAUGAUAUUAGAAACAAUAAAGAUGCGCAAGCAUGUCGUGUUCAAAGAAUUGAAGCUCUUAAAAAUAAAUAUAAUUCUGGCAGCAUAACUCAAAAUUUCUCUAAUGAUCCACUUGAAGAGAAACCGAAAAUUGAACUUAAAGUGCAGAAACCAAUACAAACUUACCUCCAUGAUUUUGAUGCUCAGAAACAUAUCAAUUCUUCCUCAAACAAUAUAAAUAGUCAUAGUAACUCAACACCUUUGAAAUAUCUAAGUGAUUUGAAGUUCGGUUCUGUUUCAUCAUCCAAAAUACAGUUUGAUUACACGACACCUGCGAAAAAACCACAAAUCCUUAAACUAAAUAUAUUACGCCCAAAUAUAACUGAAGCAACUACAACAAAUCCAGAGUAUAUUACCAAAGGGCAUCAUCCAAAUGUCACAACACGUAGACGUGGAUCCACUACUUUUAAUGCUCAACAGAAAUAUCCUACAGAUUGUGAAUAUGUUGAAAGCCAAAGUAAUGAGAAUUACUUGACAAGGACCUUCAGCAGCUUUUUACCACGAAUUGUUCGAUCGACUUUACGUCAUCUAGAAAAAGAACGUACUAAUAAUACUUUUGAUGAUGAUGAGGCAAGACAUCGAUUUAUUCAAACAUUGCAACAAUAUAUUUUUAAACAGAGCCUGGCCUUUAUUAUGGGAUUUGUAUUGGCUGCAUUUAUUUAUGUUUAUAUAAUGUAG